UCUCUCUGGGGAGAGAGAGGAGGGGACCACUGCCUCUAAAAUGAGUCUCUCUGGGGAGAGAGAGGAGGGGACCACUGCCUCUAAAAUGAGUCUCUCUGGGGAAAGAAAGGAGGGGACCACUGACUCUAAAAUGAGUCAAGACACCAGUUCUAAGUGUGUCCAGAAGCCCAGAGCAGAGUCACCUACAACCAGCCUGCUAUCAAUGAAGAGUGAUCAGCCACCUGCUUUCAGCCAGGAACCAUUACCAGAUGACAAUAAUGAAGUGGAGAGUUUGGACAGUGAGGAUGUAUUAAAGAUCACACACAACCUUCUGGACAGAAGAAGUCAAACUCUGCUGACAGUCCAACAAGAUGUUAAGGCUAAACUGAAACACAAGUAUCAACACAUAUCUGAAGGAAUUGGACACCAUGGAAAUCAAAGUUUGUUCAAGGACAUCUACACAGACCUCUACAUCACAGAGGGUGGAAGUGGAGGGGUCAGUAAUGAACAUGAGGUUAGACAGAUAGAGAUGGCAUCCAAGAAACGAACCACACAAGAGACACCAAUCAAAUGCAACGACAUCUUCAAGCCUUUACCUGGACAAGACAAACCUAUCAGAACUGUGCUGACCAAAGGAAUCGCUGGCAUUGGAAAAACAGUCUCUGUGCAGAAGGUCAUCCUUAACUGGGCAGAGGGAAAAGCAAAUCAGGACGUUCAUUUCAUGCUUCCUCUUCCUUUCCGUGAUCUGAACCUGAAAAAGGACCAAUACAGUCUGAUGCAACUUCUUUCCCACUACUUCUCAGAGCUGAAAGAAAUUGACAGCAUUGAAGAUGGUGAAACAAAAACUGUUUUCAUUUUUGAUGGUCUGGAUGAGUGUCGACUUCCUCUAGACUUCAAAAACAAUGAGAAGUGCUGUGAUGUCACGAAGCCAACCUCAGUGGACGUGCUGCUGACAAACCUCAUCAAGGGGAAUUUGCUUCCCUCUGCUCUACUCUGGAUAACUUCACGACCUGCAGCAGCCAAUCAGAUCCCUCCUGAGUGUGUUGACCAGAUGACAGAGGUACGAGGGUUCAAUGAUCCACAGAAGAAGGAGUACUUCAGGAAGAAAAUCACAGAUCAGAAACUGGCCAAUGAAAUCAUCAAACACAUGAAGACAUCAAGGAGCCUCCACAUCAUGUGCCACAUGCCAGUCUUCUGUUGGAUAUCAGCCACUGUCCUUGAGAUGAUGCUGAAAGAGGCAGAGAAUGAUGAAGUCCCCAAAACUCUGACCCAGAUGUACUCACACUUCAUUCUCAUCCAAAUCAUUGCGAAGAACAAGAAGUACCACAAAGCCACAGAGACAAACGCAAAGGAACUGUCUCAGUCAGACAAAGAGAUUAUCCUGAAACUGGCAAAGCUGGCUUUCCAACAGCUGCAGAAGGGCAACCUGAUCUUCUAUGAGGAGGACCUGAGAGAGUGUGGCCUUGAUGUCACAGAGGCAUCAGAGUACUCAGCAUUGUGUACAGAGAUCUUUAAAGAAGAAUCUGGGCUGUACCAAGACAAGGUCUACAGCUUUGUGCAUCUGAGCAUUCAGGAGUUUCUAGCAGCAGUGCAUGCUUUAGAAUCAUGUCUGGACAAGAAGGAAAAUGUUUUCUCCCCCACUAGUGAUGAUAAAGAGAAGGAGUCAAUCCAGUUGUCUGACUUACACAGGAGAGCAGUGGACCAGGCCUUGAAGAGUGAUGGACACCUGGACCUGUUCCUCCGCUUCCUUCUGGGUCUCUCACUGGAGUCCAAUCAGAAUCUGUUACGAGGCCUUCUGACACAGACAGGAAGUACAACACAGACCAAUGAGGAAACAGUUGAGAGAACAGUCAGGUACCUUUCAGACAAGAUCAAGGAGGAAUCCUCACCAGAAAGGAUCAUCAACUUGUUCCACUGUCUGAAUGAACUUGGUGCCAACUCUCUAGUUGAAGACAUGCAGACCUCCCUGCAUUCAGGAACUCUUUCAGAAACAAGACUAAAACCUGACCAAUGUUCAGCCCUGGCCUACCUGUUACUGAUGUCAGAGGAGGUGCUGGAGGAGUUUGACCUGAAGACAUACAACACAUCAGAGAAAGGUUAUCAGAGGUUGCUGCCCGUAGUGAAAACCUGCAAGAGAGCACUACUGGAUCGCUGUAAACUCACAUAUAAAUCCUGUGAGACUCUGGCCUCAGCUCUGCAGACACCAAACUCCCCCCUGAGAGAACUGGACCUCAGCGACAAUGACCUGGGAGACAGAGGAGUAGAGCUGCUCUGUGUUGGACUAACCAGUCCACUAUGCAACAUACAGACACUAGUACUGGUUGACUGUAAAAUCACACAUGAAUCCUGUGAGACUCUGACCUCAGCUCUGCAGACACCAAACUCCCCCUUGAGAGAACUGAACCUCAGCAACAAUGACCUGGGAGACAGAGGAGUGGAGCUGCUCUGUGUUGGACUAACCAGUCCACUCUGCAACAUACAGACACUAGUACUGGCUGACUGUAAAAUCACAUAUGAAUCCUGUGAGACUCUGACCUCAGCUCUGCAGACACCAAACUCCCCCCUGAGAGAACUGGACCUCAGCUACAAUGACCUGGGAGACAGAGGAGUGGAGCUGCUCUGUGUUGGACUAACCAGUCCACUCUGCAACAUACAGACACUAGUGCUGUCUGGCUGUCUGGUCACAGAGGAGGGCUGUGCUGCUCUGUCUUCAGCUCUGAGGUCAAACCCCUCCCACCUGAAAGAGCUGGACCUGAGCUACAAUCACCCAGGAGACUCUGCAGGGGGACUGCUUUCAGCUGCUCUGGUGGAUCCCACAUAUAAACUGAUGAAGCUGAAUGUGGAUCAUGGUGGAGAGUGCAGGCUGAAAUCAGGGCUGAGGAAAUAUGCCUGUCAUCUCACCCUGGACCCAAAUACAGCAAACCCAAACCUGAUACUGUCUGAGGGGAACAGGAAGGUGACACGGGUGGUGGAGGACCAGCAUUAUGAAGACCAUCCAGACAGAUUGGAUCAUCCCCAAGUUCUCUGCAGAGAAGGCUUAUCUGGAGGUCGUUAUUACUGGGAGGUGGAGAGGGAUGGUGACGGGGCUUUCAUUGGUGUGGCGUACAAAGGAAUGAAGAGGAAGGGACGGGAGGAUGACCGUAGGAUUAGACACAAUAAGGAGUCCUGGUGUUUAGUCUGCUAUGAUAGUGCUUAUAACUUUUACCAUAAUGGAGUCAUCAGAUACAGUCGAUCAGAUACUUGUCCUGAUUCUGACAGAGUUGGAGUGUAUCUGGACUGGCCAGCUGGUACGUUGUCCUUCUAUAGUGUGUCCUCCUCUGGUACACUGACACACCUUCACACAGAACACACCACGUUCACUGAACCCCUCUAUCCUGGGUUUAUAAUGUACUCCUCCGACUACACCUCAUUGACCCUGUGUCAGAUAGAUGACCAACACAUUCAGAGAGACCAUGGUGGAGAGAGUUGGACCAAGCCUGGACCUGAGGACACCAGAGACCAUGGUGGAGAGAGUUGUACCAAGCCUGGACCUGAGGACACCAGAGACCAUGGUGGAGAGAGUUGUACCAAGCCUGGACCUGAGGACACCAGAGACCAUGGUGGAGAGUGUUGUAUCGAGCCUGGACCUGAGGACACCAGAGACCAUGGUGGAGAGAGUUGUAUCAAGCCUGGACCUGAGAAAUGGAUUCCUCAGAGCUGUAAGACUUGUGACCAUGUUGAGGACUCCACACACUGGCUUCAGAUUGAACCCUUGACUUCCACUGUCCAGGGAGUGACAAUGUUCAGGCACAGGACACCCAAAGGGAGUUAUGAGUGCACAGUGUCUGGGCUCCGCUGGCUGUGUGAGAGAGAUGUCAUUCUGAAGUAUCACUUCAGGAACUGGGAACCCUACAGUCAACUUCUGAAAGACAUGCAGUACACACAAGGUGGUCCAUUGCUGGACAUCACUAUGGAGUUAGGUGAACUGGAGGAAGUUCAUCUGCCACACUUUGUCUGUUUAGGGACCAACCCUUCCCUGAGGAAUGAGAUGAAGAUUCUUCAUGUAGAGGAACAUGGAGUGUCUUUAGAGGAAGUGCAUGAGGUCACCAGAUUCCAUGUUAAGAUUCUCCAUCCCAAGUUCUCAGCUAUCUCUCUGAUACUGAGAUUAUUGUCUUGGAACGUAGACGUCCACUGUGAGCUGAUGCUCUAUCUGACAGUGAUGAAGGAAACACUAAUUCCACGCCUAUACCUGUUCCCCAGUAACCCCGGCCAGAUACAGGCUGUGGAACAACAGGAAUCAAAGUUUCAAGGGUCUAAAAGGUUUCCCAUCACAAGACCAGAGCGGUCCUUCAAACUGAAUAGUUACUUCAGACUGAACAUUCCCUGUUCUACUGCCAUCAAUCCACCGAGGAUUCAUCUCAUACAAAGAGACACCACACCAAGCUUUUUCAAGGCGAUUGUGAAAAUAACAGGGAUUGACAUUGAGAUGGAGUUAUUCAGUGAUGAUGAGAGGAUAGUAUGGACAGAAAUAGUAUCACGAGAUGAAUACUAUCAGAACCAAGCAUUAACACUCUCUGGGAUUCCUGCUGAGGAGUUUCUGAAGAAACACAGGUCUGAACUCAUUCAGGGAGUCAAAAACCCAAUGCCAAUAGCAGAUGAUCUGUUGUCAAAGAGCAUGAUUGGUGAUGAAGAGUACUCCAGAAUAAAAGCUGAAACAACUGAACAGGAGCGAAUGAGAGAACUACUGAACGCAGUCCUCCCUAAAGGACCAGAAGUGAUGGGAGCUUGUCUCAAAGCUCUCAGUGAACAUGAACACCAUCUUGUUAAGUACUUGAGAGAAUCUAGCACCUAAUCUGAAGAUGCUGAGGCCUGUCUCCUAGUCUGUGGACAAAGACACUUCACCUAAUCUGAAGAUGCUGAGGCCUGUCUCCUAGUCUGUGGACAAAGACACUUCACCUAAUCUGAAGAUGCUGAGGCCUGUCUCCUAGUCUGUGGACAAAGACACUUCACCUAAUCUGAAGAUGCUGAGGCCUGUCUCCUAGUCUGUGGACAAAGACACUUCACCUAAUCUGAAGAUGCUGAGGCCUGUCUCCUAGUCUGUGGACAAAGACACCUCUUCACCUAAUCUGAAGAUGCUGAGGCCUGUCUCCUAGUCUGUGGACAAAGACACUUCUUCACCUAAUCUGAAGAUGCUGAGGCCUGUCUCCUAGUCUGUGGACAAAGACACUUCUUCACCUAAUCUGAAGAUGCUGAGGCCUGUCUCCUAGUCUGUGGACAAAGACACUUCUUCACCUAAUCUGAAGAUGCUGAGGCCUGUCUCCUAGUCUGUGGACAAAGACACUUAAAUGAUUUUAAGGGAAAUGUUUGUUUGUGCUAUUCUUUUAACAAAUGUCUGUUUUAUUCAUGUGCUGUUCUGUAAACUAAUUUGUGUGUUCAUUAAGUGGCUGACUGUAGAAAUCCUCACUAUCAGUAGCUGUAAUUUGGCAGUAAGGCCAGACGUUGGUUUGAGAACGAGAUAUCUUAGUUUCAAGGUCUCAUCUUAGAGAGAAGAAGUCUCGUGAGGUGUUGGUCUGUCAAAUGCUAUGAACCAGUAUUGGUCGGUCACAUGAAUGAAGCAAACAGUAAUGAUUCAUUAAUUAUGCUAAAUCAUGCAAAUUUAACUUGUCUGUGUAUAGCCAUAUAUAAGAAAACUGCUGGGGCUGCCCCAGGCAUAGCCCCUGAUUGACAUGUGUACUAUGGUGCAUUGAGUUGGUUGGAACCUCUCCAGCUCACUGACAAUAAAUAAUGAUUCAUUUAA